CGCUACUGAAACUCUCUUGCUUCGCUGACGUCACUCGAGCGGCGCAGACGGAGCGUGCGCGCUCACGAGCACGCGCACAGCAGCGGGGACCCUCAGAGACAGAAACAGCACGCGAGCGCUCCUCAUCUCCUAAAUACUGAACAAGUGAAAUCAAUCGGUUCGCCAUGGACGGGUGCACGCAGAUGUGUAGAGUUUUCCUGAUCCUGUUUAACUUUCUGUUCGCUCUGGUGGGGUUCGGUCUGGUAGCUCUGGGAAUGUGGCUUCGGUUCGGAGCAGAGACCCGAGGGUUCUUCGACAUCGAUAUGAAGACCACUCAGUUCAACAUUGGAGUGAUGGUGCUGGUGGUCACCGGGGUCCUGAUGCUGCUGGUGGCCAUCAUCGGUGACUGCGGAGCCUGCAACAACAGCAAAGCAGCCCUCGGUGUGUUUUCUGGCCUGCUGACCGUUCUGAUCAUCAUUGAAAUCGCAGCUGGUGUGAUGGCCUUCAUGUGGAGCGACCGGGUGUCAGAUGAGUUGGUGAACUUCUAUGCCACCAUCUACGCUCAGUAUGUCAACACCAAUAGCCCUAGUCAAGCUGUCACCCUCAAACUAUUCCACAACGCUUGUGUCGGUGGAGCGAUUGAGAUGCUUGUGCGAGACACCUGUCCAAAGGGCAGCUUUAUGGAGAAGCUGAUGUAUUCUAGCUGUCUCGGCGCGAUCAAGGAGUUCUUCGAUGCAAACGCUCCGCUGGUGUUGGGAGGGUUUCUGGGGACGGCAGGAAUCAUGCUGGUGGCGCUUGUCUGCAGCUCUGUGCUCUAUAGUAGCCUCAAGCCGUCUUACUACUCUUCUCCAAACAACUACUGAGCCUCCACUCGUCUGUCUGAUGGACGGAUGACUUCGGUCAAAGGUCAAGGGAUUCACACCUGUCACUCGCUUCAAAUUCCUGCUCAAUUCUUCAAUCUAAACCGAGGCGAAUUAAAGUUGACUCAAUUUCACAGAAAUCAAAAUUGUUCUGUUGUAGUUUGUAAUGCUUCAUUUCAUUUAUCAGCACGAGUCACUCAUAAACACCAUAAAACUACAUGCUGUUUAGACUUUUGGUUUUAUUGCAUUAAUGUGGAUCGUAGUCAUUUCUUCAAUUCUGAAUUCUGCGUGACAAUGUUACGCUGUAACUCACUGUCUGUUACCAUCUCAUCUCUGUCUUGCUUUACAAUUAAAAUCUGCAUGUUUCACGUUUGUUUUUUUUACUGUUAUACAUUAAAGAAACUUCCACAAA